ACCCGCUGCCUCCAAUUUCUCUCUCUCCACCAAAUAGCAACCGUCUUACAUUUCAUUCUCUCUGCCUCACUGUUUCCACCUUCAAAUUCCUCUACUUUGGACCCUUUUUUUGGGGACCCUUUUAACUGUUGUAGCCAUAAUUUUCCCUUAGAAAACCAGCAACAACUUUUUCUUUUUAUAGCACUUGUAGCUUUGUUUAUAAGUGCUGAGUUUGCUUAGUGUUUUUUGGGAGAUUUAACAUGGAGAAAGAUUUGGAUGAUUGUGAGUUUUGGUUACCACCACAGUUUCUUACUGAUGAUGACCUUUUGAUGGAUUUUAAGAAGACCCAUCACUAUGUUAGUGACGCUAAAAAUGAUUUUCAGAGUGAGUUUGCUUAUGGGUUUAACCCUUUUGGUCCUCACUCGGAUCUGAGUUCUCCUGUUGAGUCUGUAGUUGGCUCAGCUGAGAACGAAAGUGAUGAAGAUGAUUUUGUCACUCGCAAAAUGGGUUUCUGUACUCUGCAAGAUAACACUAAGGGAUUGCGUUUGUCCGGUUCGCCACAAUCGACGUUGUGUGGUUGCAAGCAAGGGUCAAGCCGUGGAAGCCCGAAUUGUUUAUCUCAGGCUUCGUCUCCACCACCGAUGAACAGGCCCGAUGUGUCGUUGGAUCUGCUUUAUGCGGCUGCCGGAGAAGUAGCAAGGAUUAGAAUGAUGGAGGAGUCAGCUGGACUUUACCAUAGCAAAGGUGGAGGAAUUUGGUCUGCUCCUCCAAGGAAAACAAGUCCUGUACCUGUUGGGCCCAAAACCCCCAAGCCAAAUCUUGGUCAUUUCAGUACAAAUCAGGCUCAACUUUCUUACCAGCAGUUGCAGGUGGCUCAAUUUCAGCGAUUGAAGCAACAGCAAAUGAUUAAGCAAGGACAGGGUGGAUAUAGACAGUUUUCAUUGAACCAAAGUCACCAGCAAAUGUUGGAAAACAGGGCGAGAAAUGGCGUUAAAGGGGCUUUGAACUUGCCAAACUCAGCGUGGCCUACUUUGCAACAGUCUACACAGCAACAACACCAGCAGCCUCAUCAUGGCUCAGGCAUGCGCGCUGUUUUCCUUGGUAACCCUGGUGGGCCUAAAAGAGAAUGUGCUGGUACUGGGGUCUUUUUGCCUAGACGAGUUGGUACCCAAACUGAAUCACGAAAGAAACCAGGUUGUCCAGUUAUAUUGCCAGACAGGGUGGUCCAGGCCCUGAAUCUGAAUUUAGAAGCCAUGGAUGCAGCAGCUAGACCACAAUCUCAGGUUCAAACCAGAUGUCACAGUGGGGAUAAUCUUGAUGGUGGCUUGAAAUAUCGAAACAACGCGGUGGCCGCAGCAGCAGGACAACAAAGGAGAAAUCAAAGAACGCACCCAGUGGAACUGCAACUUCCUCAGGAAUGGACUUACUGAUGGGGAAAUAAUAAUGCUAGUUUUUUUUUUUUUUUGGUUGAAGCAGGAAAGGGAUUUGUUUGUUUCUUUUUUGGGUACUAAAGAUUUGAAGAAGUAUAGGGGGUUAGGAAUAUAGUGAUGACGACGAAGUUUGUUUUAGUAGUUAAGCAAAUGGGGCUUUUUUGGUGUUAGUAUAUUAGGGGGUUAAGAAGAAUAAUGGCGGAUAUGAGAUUUUUCUAUGGUUGGUAUUUAGGUUUUAGGUUAAUAUUAGUAAGGAAAAAAUUAAGAUAAUAGUUUAUAUUUUUGCAAGUUUAAAGGUCAAGAGAUGGAUGAAAAAGGGUUGGGCUCAUGUUUUGGUUGGAAGAGUUGCAAUUCUUUCCCAUUUCAUAUUUUAUUACUGUCAAGUGUAACGUGUACCUGUCUAUAUUGGCAUAUGGGUCAAGGUAUACUUAAUCAAUAAUUAAUAUCAUUAUUUACAUUUAUUGCCAAAA